CUAAAAGAAUCCCAGCCGAAGAAGAGAAAAACAAAGAUAUGAAAAGAAAAAGAGGAAAAGAAGGAGGAGAAGAAGAAGAAAAAGAGGAAGAGAAAAACAAAAGGAAGAUGGACAUUGUUUGGCAAACUCCAGCUCAUCCUGCUCAUAAAGACGAUUAUAUAUUUCACAACGGGAAGCGCUACGUAAGACCGUACUACUUUGAGUUCGUAUCUCAUGUUAAUAAACGAUGGGAGGGAAAAACAAUCGUGGAUUUGUUUACUCAAGAAUUUAGAGGCCGACCUAAUGAUUACUAUGUUAGUGCUGUCAAAUGUGGACGUAUACAAGUUGAUGGAGAGAAUAUACCUGUUUCAUACAAAGUUAAACGAUGUCAGAAGAUAAGCCACUUUGUACACAGGCAUGAACCACCAGUGAUGGCUUGGGAUGUUGCAAUUCUUCAAAAUGAACCUGAUGUACUGACGGUGUGCAAACCAGCAUCUGUUCCUGUACAUCCAUGUGGUCAAUAUCGUAAAAACACAGUUUUGGGCAUUCUCCAAGCAGAGCAUGGGUUGUCUCCUUUGUAUCCCAUUCAUCGACUAGAUCGUCUGGUCUCGGGACUGCUUAUCGUGGCCAAAAAUCCAGCUAAAGCUGACAUUUUUAGGCAACAUAUUGAAGCUGGACUGGUGCAGAAACAGUAUGUUGCAAAGGUCAUUGGAGUAUUUCCGGAGUGUGAGCAAGUUGUUGAUGCCAAUGUAGAUUACAAUGCUAGAGAGGGAAGGAGCACUGCAGAGGUUGGCAUCUCUAAUGGUGAUACAACAUUGAAGGGAAAGGUUGCUUGUACUAAGUUUACCAGAAUUAGUACCAAUGGAAUUCAUAGCAUUGUCUUGUGUGAACCAACCACUGGCCGAACUCAUCAAAUACGUGUCCAUUUGCAGUGUACAGGCCAUCCAAUAGCCAAUGACAUGCUUUACCUUUCAGACAAUGUUGUUGAUCGCUCUACUUUGGGGAUGACUGCUGAUAGAGCUGCAGCUCUUUCUUGCAGCUGUCCAGUAACCAGUUGUGAGAAUCAUAAUGAGGAAUACAAGGUCUCUAGUGAAGAUUUCAGCAUUGAUCCUAUGUGUUCACACUGUCCGAAUUUAGCUCCAAAUGGAUAUAACGGGCAUGAAGAGGGAUUAUGGCUACAUUGUGUUCGGUACUCUGGACCUGGAUGGGUUUAUGAAUGCCCAUACCCGGAUUGGGCAUCACUCAGUUAACUGUAUUCUUACUUUUUUGUCUUGUUCUGAGAAAAUGCACCGCUCUUAUUGUAGACACCCACUUAAUAAAUAAAAUUAAAUAAAUAAAUUGAACCAAAAAACACAAAAACAAAAUAAUAAAAAUAAAAAGAAAAAAAAAAAACAGAAGGGAUGGAAGCACGCUUGGCUUUCAUUGUCAACAAUAUACAGAGUAUUAAAUGCUCCUUUGACAAUUGGAAUUUGAAAUUAUUUUCG